AUGGGCGUAAUACAUUUUCCAGAUUACACGAGCACUGGAUGUGAGAUAGAGAACCUCCGCGAAUUUUGGCAGUACAAGGUGAAGGUCAUUGCAGAAACCAAGGGAGGGAUCAGUGUAACAAAACUAUCUCAGCCUUUCUAUACCGAAGAAUCAACACCAGGGACACCGACGUCAUUUCAAGUACAACUUUUCAAAUAUCUGACAAACGUAUGUGACGCCACAAAGGUCAGAGUUACGUGGAGCGAACCCAACCUCUUUGACAGACAUGCCAAUAUCACACAGUAUGUUGUACAAACGGAGCAACAUAAUCACGAGGUGUUCACGUAUACCGUUGAUGACCCUAAACCAUUUUCCAGACACAACAGUCAGUUUUCAUUGGUGUAUGAAGGUCUCAAGGCUAAUCGGAGAUACCAGUUGCUGAUAUAUGCAGUUGGAAGAAAUGGGAUCAGGGGAAGGCCUGAUUACAAAACAUUUUGGACGGAGGAAUGCGCUCCCCCAAGAAUGGACUCUCAUAUUGAGAUAUUAGAGAUCACCUCGUCAUCGGCCAUUGUUGACCUUGAUCCUAAUUUCUUCACAAACAAAACACAAGGGGAGAUAGUGAUGUAUGGAAUGGUAGGAGGAAAUGGACGGGAUGUGGUCAAAAAAGUAAAUGGAAACGAUGUUAUGAAUUUAGGCAGCUGGAGCAAGUUUACAUCAAAUAACAACCAGGGAGCAUAUAGAUUCACCUUCUACUUAGCACCGAUUGUGAAUGGUAAACUUCGGCUAGAGGUUGGACAAAAUAAAAACUGCAGAAAACAUGAUCUUGAAGAUUUUUGCAAUGGGCCGCUUCCUAGUGGAUUAGAACUAUGGGUAAAGGCCUAUGCCUGCACAAGGGUUGCAUGCACUGUGUCCGAGCACUAUGGACCUUUCACAAUCCAACAACUACAAAGCGUCUCGAAGGAUGGUGGUGUGGAUGGGGCCUUGAUUGCAUUGCCCAUUCUUAUUGCCAUCUUUAUCCUCAUCAGUAUGUUUCUGGUUCUUUGGUGGCAAGGAGCAAUUGACCCGCUUCAGUGGAAGGAACGAUUGCUAGGAGUGGGCGAAGAAGAACAGGAACAAGAAACACAUCAAGAGAUUGCAGAGCCCGACAGAUCCAUUCCAAUAGCAACAUACAGCGAGGCCCUUGCUGUCCUUCACAGGGACACACAUCUUCUCCUGUCAGAUCAGUACGAGGAGAUUAAGAGGCGUGCGGGUCGGAUAAAAGGGAUGUCCGCCUUCGAGGCUGCCAACCUUGAACCGAACAAAUCCAAAAACAGAUGGGUCAAUAUUUUGCCCUUCAACCAUAGCAGGGUUAAACUUCAACAGUUGGAUGACGAUGACCCUGAAUCAGACUAUAUCAAUGCUAGCUAUGUGUCUGGCUUUCACCAACAACGGGAGUACAUAGCAACCCAGGGUCCGUUGCCAGGAACGAUCGAUGACUUCUGGCGAAUGGUGUGGGAACAAAACGUCAUGGUGAUCGUCAUGUUAACGCAAUGCAAGGAAGGAAAACAGGAUAAGUGUGAGAUGUACUGGCCGGACACUGUCCAAGAGCCCAAGCAGUACGGAAAUGUUGUGGUCAACCCAACAUCAAUAACCAACAUGAACAAGUUCAACAUCAACAUCUUCGACAUCUCGCACGCCACCGACCAAACGAAGACGAGGAAGGUUGUGCAAUUCCACUACCUGGACUUUAUGGAUUUCACGGCUUCCGUGAAAGUUGAACAUUUCAUUGACUUCGUGCGCACAGUUCGAGUUCACGUGCCGCACGACAUGUCCAACCCUAUGGUUAUACAUUGCAGUGCUGGUGUAGGCAGGACCGGUUCGUACAUUGCUAUAGAUCGCUUGCAACAGUAUCUGAACAGUCCAACAUUCAGUUUCGAUGACCGCAUCAACAUUUUCGACAUGGUCAUGGAAAUGAGGGAACAGAGAGUCAACAUGGUCCAGACUGAAUCUCAGUACAUCCUGAUCCAUGACUGUUUUAAGAAGAUGUUGGAGGACAAGAAGAAAUCUCUGGAAACUACACAAUCCAUGAAGGAACUACACACAAACAUUGUUGAUAUUCCACAACCAAGAACAAAAAGAACUUUAUCAGAAUAG